CCAAGCCAAAUGCCAAAAAACUCGAUUUUAUACUUCAUUCGAUUUCCAUUGUAUUGUUGAUAUUUUAUUACGAUUUGCCCAUUUACUUUACACUUUACUCAAUCCGGACAACUGUGCCAUGAUGUUGAGCUUUCUGUAAGCAGGCCCUUCAAAUAACGCCAAACCAUGGGCUUGGACUUCGACGUGCUGGAGUUUUGCAAGAAGCUGCGGCAAAACCGGCCACCGCCGUACCAGUGUCCUCUAGAGAAGUGUGACAAGGUGUACAAGAGUCUUUGCGGGCUGCAGUACCACUUGCAGAACUAUGACCACGACAACCCGACGCCGGCCACGCCGCAGGUCGCCCACAACCGGAAGAACCGGCGCUCUCGCCCCGCCGCCCCCACCGGCGACAUCGCGCUACAGAGCCCCCCUAAAGAGGCCCUAACCUUCGCGGAGGCGCAGAAAGUAGUCCAGUUCGAAAUAGACGGCAAAAUCAGUAGGAUCUCUAUCGAUCAGCCAUUGACCGUGAUGUCGUUGGAAGAGUGGCAGAAGAAGAAUUCUGAGUUGGAAAAGCCACUGCCGUUUGUGGAGCCGCCUCCUGAACCCCAUGUCAAGUUGCCGGAGGCUAGUUUCAAGCUAAUAGAAGAUUACAAUGAGAGAGUGAGUGAUGCCCCACCCCGUCCGAAUGCCUACAUCCGCUUCAUAGAGAAGUCAGCUGAAGAGCUGGAUGGAGAAGUAGAGUAUGAUGUGGAUGAGGAGGACACGGCGUGGCUUGGACUCAUCAACAAGCAGCGGACCAAGCAAGGCCUGCAACCGGUGUCGGUUGAUACCUUGGAGCUGCUUAUGGAUAGACUGGAGAAGGAAUCUUAUUUCCAGGCCACACAAAACGGGCAGCAGACGGCGGCCACGGUGGACGAGGAUGCAGUUUGCUGCAUCUGCAUGGACGGCGAGUGUCAGAACACUAAUGUCAUCCUGUUCUGUGACAUGUGCAACCUGGCUGUGCAUCAAGAUUGCUAUGGGGUCCCCUACAUCCCCGAAGGCCAGUGGCUCUGCCGGCGCUGCCUGCAGUCGCCUUCGCGGCUGGUGAGCUGCGUUCUCUGCCCCAACACCGGGGGAGCCUUCAAGCAGACGGACCAGGGCAGCUGGGCGCACGUCGUGUGUGCGCUGUGGAUACCGGAGGUGCGGUUCGCUAAUACGGUGUUUCUGGAGCCUAUUGACUCAAUGGAGAUGAUCCCCCCCGCGCGCUACAAGCUGCAGUGCAUGGUGUGCAAGCAGCGCGGCGCCGGCGCGUGCAUCCAGUGCCACAAGACGUCCUGCUACACCGCCUUCCACGUGACCUGCGCGCAGCAGGCCGGUCUAUACAUGAAGAUGGAGGCGGCGGGCGGCGGGCGCGACCCCAGCCAGCCCGUGCAGGUGGCCAAGAUGGCGUACUGUGAUGCGCAUACGCCCUCGCAUGUACUGCAGGAAAGAAAAGCUCUGGAAUCCGAGGGCGAUGUUAAGUCGGCAGACCUCUCCAUCAUCCGGCAAAAGGGCAGAGACAAAAUUAAACAGGCCCGUCGAGUGCUAGCCCUCAAACGCACGUGGUCGCCGGUGGUGCUGGUGCCCACGCUGCCCGCGCACCGCGUCGCCGAGAUCGCGCCACUCGCCGGCGACGGACCUGCGCCCGCUAAGGCCCAGCUGAUGAAGAGACUGCUGGCCUACUGGACUCUGAAGCGACACAGCCGCAACGGGGUGCCGCUGCUACGCCGGCUGCAGACUUCCUCAACCAGUCAUGGCACCCGAGGCAUUCAAGACGGCACUGUGAACGUGCGCGAACUCUGCAACCAGCUCAAGUACUGGCAGAGAAUACGACAGGACCUGGAGAGGGCACGUCUCCUAUGCGAGCUGGUGCGAAAACGCGAGCGGCUGAAGGCGGAGCACACGCGCGCGUGGGAGCGCUGCGUGACGCACGCGCUGCAGCCGGAGCGAGCCGCCUUGAGGAAGCUAUUGAGGCUGCUGAGGCAGAGGGAUGUCACUGACAUAUUUGGGGAGCCUGUGGAUGCUUCGCAGGUGCCAGACUACAGCACGAUAGUAAAAUCCCCGAUGGACCUGAGCACGAUGGCGGCGCGGCUCGAGCGCGGCGAGUACCGCAGCGUCGACGACGUGGAGGCCGACUUCCGGCUCAUGAUCGACAACUGCCUCGCGUACAACGACGCCUCCACCGUGUUCUACAAGGCAGCAGUGAAGAUGCGCAACGCCUGCGCUUGGAUAUUCCGAGCAGCGAGACGCGACCUGGCGGCGCUCGCGGGCGCCCCCCCCGCCAGCCCCGCCGAGCCCGACCACGCCGCCAGUCCGUCGGAGGUGAAGCGCUCGGAGAAUGUGGACCGCGGCGUGUCGGAGGCGCGCAGCGUGCGCCGCGCCCCCUCGCGAGCGGCUGUUGAACCCGCCGCCGCCGCUGACGAUGAUGAUGACGACAAGCCGAAGCGUUCAGAGUCCCCGGCUGCGGCCCCGGCGCGCGGGGCGUGGUGGCGGCGCGGGCGGGGGCGCGGGCGCGGGCGGCGGGGCAGACCCACCAGGCAGCUGAAGACGCCCAGCAUUGUGCGGGAUAAAGAAGAGACGGCCACGUCAGGGUCGGAAUGCGCGGCGCCCCCGCGCGCGUCGCGCAGUCUCGCCACGCCCGAAAAGUCGCCCAAGAAGACCGAGGCGAAGACUGGCGUUGGUCUACUCGGAGGUCUCAAGAAGCCGACGCUGCUGCUUUCGCCCACGCUCAGCACCACCUCCGCAACCAAGAGCUUCGGAGCUGACGCGAGUCUGCCGACCCUCUCAGCCAGCCUGGGCCGCGCUCCGUCGCCCAAGAAGAAGGGCCGAGGCCGCCCGCGCAAGCACGACAAGAAGGGGAAGGGGGAAGCUCUGUUCAGAUCUGCAGAAGACAAGUCCAUUUCGACGCCCGUGCCAGCCUCGUUCCUACAGUACCGAGGACCGCCUGGUGAAGUGGGCUCUGACAGUGAUCUAGCCUUGUCUAGGUCAAGUUCGAGCAGCACGCUGUGGUCGCAGUCGUGCUCGUCGUGCACGCACUACGACGACGCUGGCUCCGCGCACUCCACCGACCUCAGCUCCAGCGAACAAUCCAGUCUGAACGACACAGCAGACUCAAACGUGGAGGCGCGCGAGGAGCGGCGCGGGCGGCGGCGCCGGGACACCGACGCAGAGACGCCCACCACGCCCGUCAAGGGUCGCGGAACUCGCUCCUCCUCUUCCAAGACUCCGGUGAAGGCCUCCGCGCACCUGAAUGAAGACCUGGAGCCACUGCAACUAGUUUGGGCUAAAUGCAGAGGCUACCCGUGGUACCCGGCGUUAAUAAUCGACCCAAAAAUCCCCAAAGGCUUCAUCUACAACGGCGUGCCGCUCCCCGUGCCUCCUCAAGACGUGCUCAAUUUAAAAAAGAACCACUCGCACGAGCCGAUACUCUACUUGGUGCUCUUCUUCGACGUCAAAAGAACUUGGCAAUGGCUGCCCCCGGCCAAGCUGGAGCUCCUGGGCGUCAAUAAGAGCGUCGAUCAAGCGAAACUGAUAGAGUCUAAAAAGGCCACGGAGAGGAAAGCGGUGAAGAAGGCGUAUGGUGACGCGAUGCAGUUUAGGAAGCAAGUGGACGGCGAGGAAAAAUGACACAGGUUUCAAUACCGGUCGAGAAGACCGAGGAACAGAGCGUUCAGCUUUGGCAGCUUCUCCAUGAUGCACAUACAGACCCCGGAGACCACAGAGUCCAGCGACUAAUUGUGUGCCGACACAGGAGGGUUACUCUAUAUUGACGAAAAACGG